CCCACCCCCACUGGGCUGAUUUUAUAUGAAACUAUUUUGUUGUUGUUGUUGUUGCGGCACAUUAACGCUUUCUUUUUUCAUUGCUCACUAUACCCACUGCCACCUCUGCCUUCACUCACAACCACAACUACAUCACCCAUGUGUCUACCCCCCGCCCCCGCCCCGCAUCCCUUCACCUACCCACCCAGACUCAGAUAGCCUCUCCAGCCCCACUCGCCUCAGCCUGUCGGACGGGUCGGAGGACCAGCUUGACCGCCUCCAGCAGGUGGAGCUGGCCAGGACAACACCCAUGUCUCAGUGGAGGGCAGGCACCGUGCAGGCCUGGCUGGAGGUCGUCAUGGCGAUGCCUAUGUACAUCCGCACCUGCUCGGAAAACGUCAAGAGCGGCAAGGUUUUACUGGGAUUAACGGAUGAAGACCUGGAGCUGGGUUUAGGCGUCAGCAGUUUGAUGCAUCGUCGGAAACUCCGCCUGGCCAUUGAAGAUUACAGAGAUGUGGAGAGUGGUAGAGGGCUGUCCAAGGCUGCAGAUAUGGACCACCACUGGGUGGCAAAAGCCUGGUUAAGCGAUGUGGGUUUGCCUCAGUACUCCCAGGCGUUUCACAAUCACUUGAUAGAUGGGCGAGUCCUGAACUCUUUGACACGUCGGGACCUCGAACGUCACCUCAACAUCACCAAGAAGUUCCAUCAGGUCAGCCUGCUGCUGGGCAUUGAACUGCUGCAGUUACUUCACUUUGACAAGGAGGCCCUGCAGGCUCGCCGGAUACAGUGUGAGCACCAGAAUGCAGAUCCGCUGGUAUGGACCGCGCAUCGGGUCAUGAAAUGGAUCAGAGAUAUUGACCUCAAGGAAUUUGCUGAGAGUCUCCUGAACAGUGGAGUUCACGGUGCCGUCAUGGUGCUCGACCCCACUUUCAACACCGACACAAUGGCAACAGUGCUAGGAAUCCCCAGCAGCAAGCACAUGGUUCGCCGACACCUCGUGGAAGAGAUGAAAACACUAAUUGGCCAAGCCAGAGCGGAUGCCAAACAGGAAUACGAGUGUCUAGGCCUGGGAACGCCACCUACCAUCCUUCGGCAGAACUCUUUGGGCAGACCUCCUAGCUCUGCCGGCCGGCACACCGAUGAAGAGGGCUCGCUGAGAAGAAGGGCAGUCAAGCCUCCAGCAGGAUUCAGCCCCAAAGCCCGCAAUGGGCGGGACUUGAGUUGCCAUAGCAGCUACGGCUCCCUGCCUAGGGAAGUUCGAGACCACACUCCGCCCAGGGCCGAGGGAAGUCCGAUCCGUGGUUACACCAGCAUCGAGGUCACCAAUGUGUGAGGUCAUCAGAGUGCGACAAACACCAGUCAUUCACUUCAUGACAGCUAAAUGUACAACAUGGACAUUUGUCAUCCAUGUGCACGCAAACAUGGGAUAGUUAUUUUUUUAUCUAAAGAUGAGCCUUUAUGGGACAGCUUGCACUUUGUAACAAGGAAAGGAUUUUUUUUUUAACAAGUUUCCUGGUUUUUAGAGAGUUUUUGGUCAGUGAUGUUUUAGCGUCUUUGAGGACAAAAAGCUCCCUCCCCCAAGAAUCCAAAUGACGAUGAAGGACGUGAGCUACAUGAAUAUUUUUCUAUUCUUGUGGGUACACCAGGAUGUGACUAGCUGAUAUGUUUUUUUGCUGACUAGUUGCUGUGAGCAGUCUGUUUCUCUGAGGGAAAUGAGAUUUUAAAACAACUGUUUGUAUUAUACAGGGUACUUGACAACAAAAACGAAAAACCGUUUCACAUCUGUGUAAGUUGCUCUUGUCUCAUUCAAUUCUGCUGUUUGUGAUGCCUUUGUCAAUGUGACUUAGCAUUAAAAAAAAAAAAAAACAACUUAAAAAGACUUGAACUGAAUUCAAAAUUUUAGAUUUUAUGUUUGAUGGUCAUUUUUCAUCUUGCACAUUUACACUGUUGUGUCUAAGCAAAUGUAGCACCUCUACUGAUGUUUUAUACUGUGCAGUAAAAGUAAAAUGUUUGAGCAAUGCCAUGAAAAAAAAAAUAUAAAUAAUACAGCUGCUGAGCUGUGAUGUGUGAGGGUGCAUUUUUUUGUGAAAAGGAAAAUGUUCACUGAAAUGGA